UGUUAUAUGUAAAUAAGUACAGUCAAUGGGAAAAAAAAAAACGAACUAUUUUUGUUCAGAUGAGUCGUUGACCAUUGCAGUUGCAGUCGUAACGUGAUUUGAUGAUGAACUCAUCUCACAACAAGUCGAAAGCGCGGUUUGUAGUGUGCUGUGCACCAAACUGGACUUUAGCUUUACUGCAGUGGUAAAAUGUGCGCAAUACUUGCGCAACACUGAGCUUCCUUGCUUUGAGUGAGUGGCCAAUAUCGAUGGGAGAAGCUGGAGCCAAACACGCAGGGACUCGGUGUUGCUGCCUGUGCCGGUAGCGGGGUUUGGGUGCUCCGGCAUGACGGCGGUUGUUUGUGGCAGUGAUAUUCUCUCACUCGGGCGAACUAAGUUGCAGCAAUGGAGACUUCGUGGAGAGACACAGACUUUGAAAUGGAUCAUCUGCCUCCUUUGCUCGAAGAUGAGGAGAAUGUGUCUCUGGCAGACAUUCUGACUUUGCGAGACCGCUGUCUGUCUGAGGAGGAUGUAUGGGCAGUGUGUACAGAGAGUGUCCUGGCACUGCAGAGCGUUCGACCCUCCAACCUCUUCCACACCUUGUGCAUCACUCCAGACACACUGGGCUUCAACGCACAUGGGAAUGUUUGCUUUAUGGAGCAGAUCAGUGAUGAUCCUGAGGGUUCAUUUGUGCCUCCUGAAUUUGACAACACAGGCAGCACAUUUGAGGGCCACAUUUUUUCUCUGGGCUCAACUCUCUCUGCUGCACUGAAUUUUGUGAUCGAACCAGAACUGGAGGGUGAGCUGGGUGAAGAAACGCAAAAACUGUUGGAGAAAAUGCAGGAGAAGAAACCAGAGGACAGGCCACUCAUACAGGACAUCCUCGAUCAGGCUCAAGCACAACUGGCCCAUACCUCUUCUGCAGCUGUAUGCCGUAAAUUGUCUUCUGUUGGACGGCGUGUACUUUCCAUUGAAUCAAUAUCAUAUUUCCAAGAUGAACAAGAGAACUAUGAGGUAUUAUGGGAAUAUGCAAAAUCCAAAAGACUGAAUUUGUAUGAUGUUAAUAAAGACUUCUCUGUGAACACUUCUGGGAAGACAAAUGGUCUAUCCAGACAUCAGGUUUGUGUGGGCUGGGACUCCUCCCUCUGGGCUGAUGAUAAUGCAGACAGAUGCUGCAGGAGUUUAGUAGAUGAGGUGGACUGCCAUUCUCACAACAGCUCUCCACUGAGGAUGAAAACCCAGCAGAGAUUCAACAGGGUGAAGGGGGCACUGAAUUGCUCCUGCUCUGUCCCCGACUCUAAUAACCCACCUUAUCCUACCACAGCUCAUGGCAAGAUCACCAUACCUGUAUCAGACCUUACUGAGAUUGGAGCAGAUGAACAUUUGUGUUCCAAGUCUGUGUGGAGCAACAGAUCCAAAAGAUUCACCCGAGGAAGAUCCUGUGAGUCGUAUCCACGUAGUUGUGCAGAUGAUGGUGUGAGCUCAGCUGCUGAGAAUUUGAUACUAAGAACAAAAAAGGAAGAUGCUAUCAAGUCUUCAUGCUAUGAAGAAACCACUUUUCAAGAUCAUCAUGAAAAGACAUGUAAGGAAGAGAGUAAAAAUGUAGCCUCGUGGUCCAUAUCUCCAUCCUGGUGCCCGAUAGAUGUGGAAUAUGACACCUUUGGGGCCCAAAUAUCAAAGAACCCCAAGAUCUACAACACUAAGAAGUACACAACCAAAAUUUUGCUUUUCCUCAGUAAAGAAUAUCAGGAUGAGUGGAUCUCACUAAGAGAGUUACUUGCUCAUUCUGCACCGGGGCUAACAGUGAAUGAGCUGUGGGCUCUAUGUUACACCUGCCUGUCGUCCUUGCAGACCUAUAUUGACUUUCCAGAUUACUUAUCGCUGGAUACUGUGUACAUCAGCUGCCAAGGAGAGAUGAUUUUCUUGACACCUAAAAACAUUGGAUCUCGGGAUAAAUUUUUUCUUGCCCCUGAAUAUCAGGAACAUGGAAUUGUAACUGAGAAGGCUUGUAUUUAUGGGGUUGCUGGGAUCCUGUGGACAAUGGCAAGGUUCAGUUUGUUGCCUAAUCAGAAGCGCAAACUGAAGCGACUUCUGCUCGAGAUGGCAAAGAGCACACCCAUUGAGAGACCUUCAAUCACCAUUGCGAAACAGAGCUGUUGUGACUACCUAACACAUCAAGGGACAAAUCCGGAGAAUGUGUGGAAUCAGCUCAUCGGCAGGGUUCAUGCGGCAAUCUCGAGAUCCACAAAUAGACAAGAUUUGAGUGACACAAACCAAAGUUCAAGUACUGAUACGCCUCAUAUGAGUGGUGCUAUUCAAGAUACUCCGGACUUCAGCACCCAGAGACCUUCAUUUCCACAACCACACUCUUCACUCCCAUCCUACAUGGACAGUUCAAACUCAGGGCUCAUUGAAGAAGGAGACCACUUGGCUGGGGCUAGCGAUGAAAGCCCCUCGACUGAGUGCCAUUCGGAAGGAAAGAAAAGCUUGCCUGAUAUUUGUGAUCAACGGCUGAGUCCUGACUGUUCAGAGGAGAUGGAGGACAGGGAUUCUCUGGUUUCAGAACAACUCAUUCCACCGAGAUCCAGACCCGAUGGCGCCAACCUGUACUUAAGGCCGGCAUGGACCUGGGCUUUGGCCUUCUUUGGAGAGGACUGUUUUAGCCCAGAGGUGAUCGAGUAUGCCUUGGGUCUGGGCCACUACACACGAUCGCCAUGUCUAGAUGUGAAAACACAGGAGCUGCAACAGCAGCUGCUCAUUGAAGCAAGGAAUCUUAAGAAAAUGAGGAAUUUCUACCAGAAACUAAUUCAGCAACAGAAAAAAAAUCAAGGUUUUGAGAACAAAGGGAUAUUGUCCAAACUCAAGACCCAUCUUGAAGACCUUAGAUCCAAAGUGAUCUUCUUGGAUUAUGUCAAGAAGUACCUUGAGACUCGGUGUCUGGAUCAGUGGGGUUUGGACAUGACAUCACUACCGUCUUUGUCUACUUGUGGGCUGAAUGCUCUAGCUGUCGAAAACUCUGAGGAUACAUCAAUUUUGAGUUUUGCAACUUGCAAAGGAAAGAGAACUCUGCAAGCAGGGACUCCUCUUGGUCUUAUGGCUUACCUUUAUGCAAGAAAUGCUGCUUCGGAAGGGUACAUCCAGCAGUUCCUGUAUACAUAUCGUUUUUUCUGCACUUCUGAACAGUUACUGCAGUUUAUUAUGGACAGAUUCAUCAUAGCAGUGAGAAAAGGUCCAGAAAUAUCUGAAAAUAGUGCUAACAUCUUUCAUCGCAGUUUGGACUUGUUGCACAUGUGGAUUAUGGACUGUAAAAUGGUAGACUUCACACCAAAGUCCAACAUUGUGGAUGUUUUAAAAAACUUCCUUCAUGCUGUGGUAAUUCCUUUGGAUACUCGCGGGCAGGUCCUUCUCGCUGCUCUCCAAAGUCCACCAAGUACAAUGUGGAGCACAAGGAGUGGGGGUCAAAUUGGAUAUGAGAUAGAAUCUUAUUGUCUUCAUUCAUCUACUGAGGAUCAUGUCAGAAAGUGGAGGAUCUCAACAGUGGUGGAGCCUUCAGUAUCCAUGCCAAAAGAGAAAGACUUCUCCAUUGCUGCAACUCUCCCCGUACCUUGCUACGACUCCCUGGUGGACAAUCCUUACAGCAGUGAUGAGAAACUCCCCUUCAGUCAGAAAAAUUACCGUACUCAGGAUGUAGCCCAGCAACUCACACUUUUGCAGCAGGACAUUUUUCAUGGAUGUCAUCCUGUCCAUUUCCUCAAUUCCCGAAUACAAGGCAUCAGAGACAAGCCCUCAAGAAACAAUACUGCAGCUCGUCAAAUCCCGCCAGUAGAGGACAGCAGCGUUCCACAUGAGGGGACGCCAUCAGAGUCCUCCCUCCAGCGGCUGCUUGCUUACUCUGACAGCGUUAUGAAAUGGAUCUCUGCUGAAAUAGUCCUCUGUGACUCAAUCAAGGAACAGGUUGCCUUGCUGGCCAAGUAUUUAUGGAUUGGGAAGCAUUGCUAUGAAUCCCGGAAUUUUGCUACAGCUAUGCAAGUCCUCGGAGGUCUGGACAACGUGAUUGUCAGACAAUUACUGGCUUGGAAACAUCUGUCUUCAAAGAUGCUUGAGAUCCUGGAGGAGCUUCGAGCUGUGCAGGUGUUUCUGAAGAGUGAUGACAUGUGCCUGAUUGCGGGGGAACACAAGAAGAGAAGACCCACCCUGCCGUCAGCACACAUCCUGGCCAUGCAUGUUCAACAGUUGGAAAUCGGCGCCUUCACAGUCAUGAGUGGAGCGUUCAAGUGGACCAAGCUUAGGCGCAUUGCUAAGAUGGUGAGUCAGGUGCACGCCUUCCAAGAGAUCAUGUUCACUUACACCCCAGACCAGGACAUGCAGUCCUACCUUCGCCACCGCAUCAUCCAGCUCGGCAAUUCUGAAAUUCACCUCCAGGCUGCUGCCAGUGAUGCUGACUCCAAGAAUUCCACUGAGCGUCAAACAAGGCGGGAUCAGGACACCCUGAAAAAGGUGAAGGCCUCCCUCCAGUGAGGCCUGCCCUGACCCCACUCUCAGGGCCCCAAUGCAUAACUGAACCACCGCAGUGGGUUCGCUUGGUUACUGUGGUAAUUAAAAGAGAGUGUUCUCCUCUAUUUUUCAAACAAAACAUUCUGUAAGAUCAGGUAAGACCGCCAGCAAGACUUUAGUCAUAAGUCAGAAUCUUCAGUGUAUUGAGGUUAUUUAUUACGCCUACAUAAAUGUCAUAUCCUGCAUCUAUAUUCAUGAUUCAAUUUCGCCUUUGAGGUAGAGCUGGUAAUUGUUAAGAGUGUCAUGAUUCGAUUUCGAUUCUUUAGGUUGUGAUCCAAUUUGGUUUUAAUUCAAUAUUAAUGGUAAUGUUUGAUGUCGAUUCCAUAAGAAGUACAAAUACAAAAAUAGAGUACCUGUUUGAAUUUUUGUGAUAUUUAUUUUCAUGUCCAUGUGAACAUUGAAUGUCACUUGACAUUUUGGAGCAAGAAAAGAAAAAUGCGCAUGAUUAUAAUGUAUUUGUGCAUAUGGAGUAUUAAAGAAAAAAAACAUGACAAUUUUGUAUGAACACUUAAAAAGUAAAGUGGUUAUUGGUAUUUUUCCCAAAGAAGAAGCUGUCAAAGGAGCCAUUUCUGGAGACUUGUAUGAAGGAACCAAGGUGUUUGUGUGUGUGUGUGUGUGUGUGUGUGUGUGUGUGUGUGUGUGUGUGUGUGUGUGUGUGUGUGUGUGUGUGUGUGUGUGUGUGUGAGUGUGUGGGGGGGGUAAAUGAAAUGGACACUUUUAUACUAAGUCCAUGUUAAAGUUACACGAUAGAGGUCUACAUAGCUAAAAUAUGGGACCUUUGAGUUUUUUUAGCUGCAGAAGUAGCAAAUCAGCCCUCUAAUUGAAGGCCUUACGAGGGCAGAGCAAGACUAACAUGGAUGGUAGUCUGAGUAAUUGAAGUCUAGUUUUCCUGACUGUCCUCUCCAGAGGGUACACACCUCAGUGUUAAUGUACACGGUGAAUAUUGGAUGAGGCCUGUCAUGAGGAUUUGAUUCAAAUGGAUCUGUAAUAGAUAAAUGACAUUUUAUCCUUCUCUUGCCAAAUUGUGUUAUUUUUCCAGCCACAGCCUUCAUUGCAAUGUUGUGCAUCAGGUUAUGCUCUCCCUAUUCUGUAUUGUGAGAGUUGCUUUGAAUCGUGUAAUGUGUGCCGUUUUAAAAAAAAUUGCUGCAUUUCUGCCCUUGAUAACUUUUUAUUAAAGAAUGUCACAUAUCAGUUUAACAAAAACUGAGCAUUGUUUGGAUGUAUUUUACUUCCUCAACUUAGCGAUGUGUUGUACGUUCCUGGUAUUGUGUUACUAAUACAAAACACAACAAUCACGGUCCCACGUUGAAUUUUGUUAAUCACCAAAUAAACACAUGUAUUUAAGAUCAGUCUUUUGAAUGAUAAUGAAUUUUCUAAACAUUUUCUUUGACCCAAGCACAUGAAUCUGUGUGUGUGUGUGUGUGUGUGUGUGUGUGUGUGUGUGUGUGUGUGUGUGUGUGUGUGUGAGUACAAAGUAGCAAUGUUAUGUGACAGUGUCCAUUACAUGCAGGUUCUGUUUAUUUUAAUGACAGCCAAGAUGAGAGCGGCAUCAACGGGUCAGCAUUGAGGAAGUGAAGGAAAUGCUCUGUUCUAAAUUGUAUCCGCUAUUGUUGGAAUUGUUUAAAGUCAUGAGGUGGAGCCUCUCCUCUGUUAACAGGAAAACUGUUUUUUUUCUUUGCUGCAUGAAUUGAUUAACCAAAAUAUUAAAAACUCCCAGUGUGAUAUCAUCACUGUAUUGUAAAGUCAUAUAGUGGAAGCAUUCUGGGAUUUCAAGUUGGAGCUCACUAACUUUUGUUGCAGUGGUUUAGAGAAAGUGGCUCUUUAGUUAUUUUGAAAGGACAAUGUAGCUGUAAACUGGCUUCUUUACUAUCUAUCAAAGUGUCAUUUAUUCAAUGUCGUUCCAUAAAAAGAUAUAAUUACAGAAAUGAGAGGAGUGUGUUCACUUUUGUGAUGAAAUGUAAUGUGCUCUAUGUAGGUCUGAGAGACAAAUAUAAAACAGUACUUUAACAGUACUUGCUGGCACUGUUACAAUGUUACAA